AUGGUCAUCGGUAUUCAACUCUUUGCGAUGCGGGUUUUGGCUCUAUACAGAAACGAUAUCAAGAUCAAGCGUCUCGUUUACUGUUGGCUCGUGGCCUGCCACAUUCCUUUGAUCAUCAUCGCCAUUCUGGAAAUCAAGGAAAUUACACCUACUCUAUUCUAUCUUGCUUUCACGCAUACCUGCUAUGCUGUCCCAUCCAAGUUUAUCAAAUACGGUUAUGUCCCAGCGAUUAUAGCAGAAGGAGGUCUACUGGCUCUUCAGACCUUUCACCACGUUCGAAACCGCCGCCAUCGACAGUUCAUCUCCAUGCCGUUGGUGGACACGCUCUAUCGUGACGGAUACAUUUGGUUCUGUGCCGCGAUCGGCAUCAGACUCUUCGCUGUCUUAGUGUUUGCUUUCGCUGACCCAUCGUUAUGGCAUGUAGCGAAUCAAAUGGAUUUCCCUUUGUCAUCUGCACUGGCUUCCCGCUUCUAUCUACAAUUAAAGUCUGCCAUCCAACCGGAAUUAGAAGCCAUUUCCGACUUUCCCACAACGUCUCCGCACUUUAGUAGUCCGAGAGCUCAAGGAACAUUCGCAACAACAGGCAGUCAGUUUCAAACGGAGCACUCGGAAUCGAUCCCAACUUCAAUGCCACUUCAAGAAUUGCGCAAGCUUCGAGCACCGCGAUAG